GCCCUGCUGGAAGGUCUUCCUGCAACAGACCAGGAAGGAUGGAGGGGAUGGAGGGAGCAGAACAUGACAGUCAACAUGUGGAUCUGUUCAACCAUAACCAACAUUUAAACAGAAUCCUGCAGAACCUCGAGGCUGACGGAGAGGCGAAAUCAGAGCGAGUCAGUCUGACAGCAAACACAGAGGAAGACAGAUGAUCUCCAGAGAAUAGACGGGGAUCAAACAGCACUUCAAGAGAGGACAAAGACAAGCUCACUCCUCUGGAACUUUGGGGAAAGGAGAGAAAACAUUUUACCGCUGGAUUUUUUUUCUUCCUUCUUCUUGUGUUUGUGAGUAAAAAAACUAAAGUUUCCCCUCCACUUACAACUUCUAAAUUCUCAGAUAAAAACAAUGAAAUCUCACAGUCUUUACCUAAGUAGUUGCUGCAGGAAUGUGUAAGCUUCUGUUAGGCAAUUGGAUCGUGUAGUGUUAACAAUGGCUGAACCGUUAGGGUUUGUGGAGGCAUGGAGAGCCCAGUUCCCUGAAUCUGACCCCCCCAUUAUGGAGCUGAACUCACUAGGGGACAUUGAGCAGGAGCUGGACAAGUGCAAGUCCUCCAUCAGGCAUCUGGAGAAGGAGGUGAACAAGGAGCGCUUCCGGAUGAUCUACCUGCAGACUCUGCUUGCAAAGGAGAGGAAGUCUUAUGAUGGGCAGAGGUGGGGAUUUAAACAGAUGCCCCAAGCCAGUGACGGGGACGUGUCCCGAGGGUCAGACGGCCCCGAUGAUCCACCGGCUGAGGGACAGCUGCAAGGCCGACCGGGCAAAAUGGCAAGAACUAAAUCCAAUCCAGAGGGAAAUGUGAACGGUUCGUCCCAGGCCAAACAGAAGGAAGGGAUGUUGCCUGUCCGCCAUGACUCAGAGCCUCCGGAUUUCCCAGUGGGCACCGGCUCAGUGGCAGCUCUGAGGUCUAACUUUGAGCGCGUAAGGAGGGCCAACUCUCACACAGCCGCGGACAGCAGAGGGUUUUCCACGAUGGGGAGUCAGGAAAAGCCCUUUUACGUCAACAUGGAGUACCACCACGAACGGGGACUGGUCAAAGUCAACGACAAGGAGGUCUCAGACAGAAUCAGCACUCUGGGCUGCCAGGCCAUGCAGAUGGAGCGAAAGAGGUCCCUGCACUCACUGCCAGGGAACCUGUCGGCAAUGGCAGGUGAGAUCAGCAAGGCCGUCCUGAGAGGCAGAUCCAGCGAGGGGAGCUGCUGCUACAAUGGGUCAUAUGAUGACAGUGAUCCGACCCCACAUUUCCAGAAGGACUGUCCACUAAGACCCUCUGGGGGGAAGUCUGAGAGGCAGCCAGUAGAGUGCCAGCCUUACACCAGUGUGUACGUGGGUGCAAUGAUGGCUGACGGGGACACUCGAGUCAUUCACAUCCGAGACCACAGCGUAGAGGAGGACGCCCACCUCACCUGGCCCAGGCGCUCCUACUCCCCGGGGAGCUAUGAGGAUGCAGGAGGCGGCUACACACCAGACUGCAGCUCCAACGAGAACCUGACCUCCAGCGAGGAGGACUUCUCUUCGGGUCAGUCCAGCCACGUGUCCCCCAGCCCCACCACCUACCAGAUGUUCAGGGAGAAGAGCCGCUCGCCCUCCCAGCAGUCGCUGGACAGCGGAAGCCCGCCCACACCCGUGUCACAGAAAAGUCUGAAGCACCAGGGUUUGGGCUCGGAGGCGUCCAUCAUCAGAGUCCGUAAAGUGGGUCAGAUGUGGCCCAGUGAUGGAAACUCCACCACAUCCAGCAGAACCUCACACGACAACAGCAUUCAGGAGGAUGGGGAGACUCCCUACAAUGAGAGCUCUCCGUCAUACGGCUAUGACCUGGAGCAGUCUGAGGAGAACCAGCCUCGCCACGACUCCCUGUCUCUCAGUGGAUCUCCUCCCUCCUCGCUACGGCUGCGCUCCAAGAACCGGAACAGCCGAGACACCCAGUCCUCGGGUUCUCUGGAGUCCACGCAGUCGGUGGAGCUGGACCAGGAGAAGGGGCUGGAGAUGAGGAAGUGGGUUCUGUCGGGGAUCCUGGCCAGUGAGGAGGCCUACCUCGGCCACCUGGAGGCCCUUCUGAUUCCAAUGAAGCCUCUGAGGGCGGCGGCCACCACCUCUCAGCCAAUGCUGACCAUCCAACAGAUAGAGACCAUCUUCUUUAAGGUCCCAGAGCUUCACGAGAUCCACAAGGACUUCUACGAUGCCCUGCUGCCUCGUGUCGAAGACUGGAGCAACCAGCAGUGUGUGGGAGACCUCUUCCAGAAGCUGGCCAGCCAGCUCGGAGUGUACCGGGCCUUCGUGGAUAACUACAAGGUUGCCGUGGAGACGGCCGACAAGUGCUGCCAGGCAAACGCUCAGUUUGCACAGAUAUCUGAGAACCUCAAAGUCAAAAGCACAAAGGACUGCAAAGAACAGCCAGCUAAAAAUUCACUGGAAACUCUUCUCUACAAGCCUGUGGAUAGAGUGACUCGCAGCACGCUGGUUCUCCACGACUUGCUGAAGCACACGCCCAGCAGCCACCCAGACUAUCCCCUGCUGCAGGACGCCCUCCGCAUCUCACAGAACUUCCUGUCCAGCAUCAAUGAGGAGAUCACCCCCCGCAGACAGUCCAUGACCAUAAAGAAGGGAGAGAACCGCCAGCUGCUGAGGGAUCGCUUCAUGGUGGAGCUGGUGGAGGGGUCCAGGAAGCUCCGCCACGUCUUUCUCUUCACUGACCUGCUGCUCUGCACCAAACUCAAAAAACAGGCGGCAGGGAAAGGCCAACAGUAUGACUGUAAGUGGUACCUCCCACUGGCUGACCUGACCUUCCAAACUAUCGAAGACUCCGAGUCCAGCCCCAUCCCUCUGGUCCAGGAGGAGGAGAUUGAUGCUAUGAAGAUUAAAAUCUCCCAAAUCAAGAACGAUAUCCAGAGAGAGAAGAGGACAACCAAAGGUCCUAAAGUCAUUGAGCGGCUGAAGAAGAAAUUAUCGGAUCAAGAAUCCCUCCUGCUUCUCAUGUCACCCAACAUGGCCUUUAAGGUGGCCAACCGAAACGGAAAAGGUUUUACCUUCCUCAUCUCCUCUGAUUAUGAACGAGCAGAGUGGAGGGAAAUCAUCCGGGAGCAGCAGAAGAAGUGCUUUAAGAGCUUUUCCCUGACCUCUUUGGAGCUGCAGAUGCUCACCAACUCAUGUGUGAAACUCCAAACUGUUCACACCAUCCCCAUGACCAUGAAUAAGGAGGAUGAUGAGUCGUCCGGUUUGUGCGGCUUCCUGAACGUCAUUGUUCACUCUGCAUCAGGACUCAAGCACAGCUUAAACUUAUACUGCUCCCUGGAGGUGGAUUCCUUUGGAUAUUUUGUCAACAAAGCCAAAACGCGAGUUUACCGGGACUCUACAGAGCCGAGCUGGAAUGAGGAGUUUGAGAUCGAACUGGAGGGCUCUCAAACUCUGAGGCUGCUGUGCUACGAGAAGUGCUGCAGCAAGACCAAGCAAAACAAAGAGGAUGGAGAGUUCACCGACAAGAUCAUUGCUAAAGGACAAAUCAAGCUUGAUCCCCAGACUCUGCAAAAUAAAGACUGGCAGAGGACCGUCAUCGCCAUGAACGGGAUUGAGGUGAAACUUUCCAUGAAGUUCAACAGCAGAGAGUUCAGUCUGAAGCGAAUGCCUUCACGGAAACAGUCCGGCGUCUUUGGAGUGAAAAUCAACGCCGUCACUAAGCGUGAACGCUCCAAAGUCCCGCUCAUCGUUCGGCAAUGUGUGGAGGAGAUCGAACGGCGAGGGAUGGAUGAAGUGGGGAUCUACAGAGUUUCCGGCGUUGCGACCGACAUCCAGGCUCUGAAAGCUGCCUUUGACUCCAACAAUAAGGACGUGUCUGUCAUGAUGAGGGAAAUGGACGUGAACGCCAUCGCCGGAACCCUGAAGCUGUAUUUCCGCGAGUUGCCAGAACCGCUUUUCACAGAUGAGCUGUAUCCCAACUUUGCUGGAGGCAUCGCUCUGUCUGACAGCGUGGCCAAGGAGAGCUGCAUGCUCAACCUGCUGCUGUCUCUGCCGGAGCCUAACCUGGUCACUUUCCUCUUUCUGCUCGACCAUCUAAAAAGGGUGGCAGAAAACGAGUGCAUCAACAAGAUGUCUUUGCACAAUCUGGCAACCGUCUUUGGUCCCACCUUGCUUCGACCCUCUGAAAAGGACAGCAAAAUUUCAACCAGCUCCCAGCCGCUCUCCAUGAACGACAGCUGGUCCCUGGAGGUCAUGGCUCAGGUUCAAGUCCUCCUCUACUUCCUUCAGCUGGAGAGCAUUCCCACGCCUGAUAGCAAACGGCAGAGCCUUCUCUUCUCCACUGAAGUAUAACAGGACAAUUUGCGGAGAAAUGCUCCACUCUUAGAAGAAUGUUGGCUUUGCCAAAGAGGCCUGGUGAAGUUUUAUUUUUUUAGCCACCAGAGGGAAUCCUCCACCCUUUGAAGACUGGAGGAUCACCAAAGCCACUCUGGAAGAUGGGACCCUCCUAUGCUGUGUUUACUCAACCCUGCUGUGUCGUUCAGACCACCCUUUAAGUUGCAUUGACCAACAAUAUCAUUCCUCUUUUUUUAAACUAAUUUAAAACUUAAAAAAGCAAUAUUUACUGUACUUUGAUGUCUUGUUUUGCUACUGUGCACAUGAGCUCCACAUUCAGAGGAGCAUCUCUGCUGCUUCUGGAUGCAGGACUAGUUUUCCCUUUUGACCCUUCAAACGUUUCUUAAGUCGUGCCAAUGUUCCCAUGCUGAUGACCAACGGAGUGUUUCACUUUUCCUCAAGUUUACAUUCUGAUUUUUUUAACAGAAUUCACAAGUAUGAGACUGAAGCUGUAGUAAACUCACAACAACAUGCAGGCAUGUUGACAAAACCAUUUGAGCUGUUUUCUGUGUUGUACAAUUCAUGUAGUGACCUUUUUCAGUCCCUAGAUCCAAGUAUUGUUUAGCCAAACAAGGCUUUCUAAAAAUGAAACUUCCAUUUCAAUCAAAAACUGUGUUCUUGUUCACCAUGCAUCUCUUCAAACUUUUUAUUUUCUGUUGUCUACCUUUAAAAUAAUAGAACAAUUCAAAAAUGGAAACAAAUCUGAGACUCCAUCACAUGUAUCUUUACAGUGUUUCCUCUUACAGAAUAACCUGACUCCUGACCUGUGUGAGAACUUGCUGUUUAUUUUUCCAAAAAAAUUUAAUCACUACAAAUAUAAAAAAAAUCAUCUAAAUUUAACCAUGAAAGCUCUUGAUUAUUUUAAAAUAUGGUAGAAGACUUGGCAAUACUUUGGUUGAACAAUGUUAUGUAUGUAUGAUUUAUGUAAAUAAAAACUUGUUGACAUUA